ACAAUUCUAAAUUUGCUUUUAUGCCUGGCUAAAACGAAUUCUUGCAUACUGGUCGCUGUCCUUUGGUGCCCUAGGUCAUGUGGGUGUGGUGGUUCUACGCAACUGGUACCGAGCAUGCCCAUCAGCUGGACGGUGCUUGCGUGCUUGCUGAUCCAGCGUACGAGCGUGCAACUGACGGCACUGUGGACAUGGCAGCGGUAACGGACGGGGACGCGUCGUCCCAGUUGGAAAAUUGGAUGGGGAACCUGCCGGAGGAACUGCAAAAUGUACCGCUAAACCAUCUAGCCAUACCAGGAUCGCAUGACAGUUGCAGCUAUACCAUAUCACCACAAGCGGAAAUAGCUCCAGACAAUGAAUAUUACGGUAACAAACUCUUGAAACUGCUCGGGCCCAUUGGGAAGCAAAUUAUGUACAGCUGGUCAGUCACUCAGAACAUCACUACUAAGGAGCAGUUGCAAGCUGGUAUCCGCUACUUCGACAUAAGGAUAGCUGUCAGGAAAGAUCCCAAAGAUGAAAAUUUGUACCUUAUACACGGACUUUUCGGCGCCGUCGUCGACAACUUCCUCGUUGAAGUCAAGGAGUUCUUGGAAAGCCACAAAAAGGAAGUCAUACUGGUUCAUUUCCAACAUUUCUACAACAUGACAGACACUGACCACAACCGUCUCCUGAACAAGUUGACAAGUGCAUUCGGGCCACUAAUGUGCCAGUUCACCACAGACCUGGACAACAUCACUCUUGCGUCCCUGUGGCGACGUGGAUAUCAGAUGAUCACCUUCUAUGGUCAUGAGAAGUUGGCCAAGUACCAUCCGUAUCUUUGGCCUACAAGCUACAUCCCGAACCCUUGGCCAGAUGAUGACGAAGCAACACGCCUGGUUACUUUUUGGAACCAAACUUUGCAGCAGGGACGUGAUCCCAAAACGUUUUUUGUGCUUCAGGCUGUGGGCACUCCUCAACCUUCAACGGUCACCAUGCAUAUCUGCAACAGCCUCAGGGUCUACAUAGUCCCCAAGGUAAAUGCAGUCCUGGAAAGCUGGCUUUCCAGUCAAGUGCCCGGAAAUGGCAAUCACACGUGCAAUGUCGUCAUGUCCGAUUUUGUGGAGAUGAACAACUACAGAAUUCCAAAAAUGGUGGUGGAGAUGAAUCAGAAGCUUCUGCAAAGUGCAUCUGCCAGUGCAGGAGACGAGAUGGUGUGACCUGGAGGUGAGAGCAGGCUGUUGACUCUUCAGCAACUCUGCUUACGCUGCUCUCGCAUGCUGCAAGAAAUUAUUGUACUUUGCUGUGCCAGCAAAAAAAAAAAAUCCUUGUAUAUAUAGGGGCAUUUUGUGCUGCUGGGCAAUGGUUGUUAAAAGCAGACACAACACAAAGAUCCUUUCUCUUUGUGUCACGCACUUUGCUGUUCCAGAAAAAAAAUAACGAAGCUUUGUAUAUAAAGGGGCACAAUGUGCUGCUGGGCAAGGCUUGUUAAAAGCAGACACACCAGAAAUAUCUUUUUCUCUGUAUCACUGAUCUGUCCAGCAUUACUUUGCUGACCAGACCUGAAUAGGCCUGGAUACUCAACACAAGCCAGGAUUCUCGCAGCAGUGCGGACAGUUUCAGAAGCGCUCUCAUUAACUAUAACAUCUGGCUAGUAUGUCUGCUUUUAACUCCCCUUUGCUUAAUGUGCCUCACGUUUAAGUGAAGAAGCGCGACAUCGUCUAAAAGCAUUUUGCAUGGCACACGCUUGCUCAGCACAGGUCACUUUUCUUACUCAUCUUAAUGCGAUGCUUUUAUCUGAGGUAAUGCAAGUUGUUGGUGCCUGCCCAUGUUGCAAUAACGUCUUUUUAUCACCUUUUUGCUUACAAGGCCACAACCCAUUAUAAUUUUAGCUCGUCAGCAGGCAAAGCAAGACUGUUCCAUUUUAUACCAUGAUGCAAAGAUCCUGAAUGUUAUGACGUUGUCUGUUGAAUGUAGGGUCCCACGAAGAACAAUGUUGUGAAUCGCUGUGUUGGCAUGUUUUUCAUAUUAUACAAAGAGUUCCACAGAUUAUUUGGGCUGUACACCCACUUGCUAAUGGUGAACUGUGAACCGGGAGGGUUGGUAGUUGCAAAGGAGGCGAGGGGGAAUUUCCUCCUAUGGGCAGCAUAAUUCUUUCUGAAAGUGGAACCCCCCAGUUACUGAGUGUCGGAAGAGUACUUGGCAUUCCCACAUGGUCUCCCAAGAACCAACUAUGACCAAUGCUGCUUGGCUUCAUCGAUCUGACAAACAAUGGCAUUAUCAGCAGGAGAUAACCAACUGAUGUCAUGCUGAAUGUGCUGUCAUCAUCAGAUCACCACAGCAGAGCCCAAACUCACUGGUUUGGGUACCUGCAAAAUGCUUCCAACAGGCAAAGGAUAUAUCACUGUCUUAAGGGGGCCCUGCGACACUCCAAACUCUGUGGAGUGAGUGCAAUGCUGAUCAAUUAAUAUACUAUUUACUAAUAAAUUUUUGAAAAGAACCUAAUAGUAAGAGAGAUAUAAAGAGUGCAGUGCUUACUUUUACCAUUUACCAUCAGCACAAUUAUUAACGUUUCCAUUAUGCUGGGGCAGUGCCUUGCCUAUUCUGUUUCUUACUUUUCUUCUUUCCCUGGUGCACUUAUGUUACGAAUAUGUAAUGUGUGUUAUGUUAAAAUGGUGAUGAUAACCAUUCAAGAUUGACAUUUGAGAAAGGGGUGGUGACAGGACACUUCACCGACUAGAAUAUUGGAGGGGUGUGUGCGAAGUGCAAGGCUUUCGCUCACGAACUACUCAUUGUCAUGGACAAUCGCUCAAUGACUGCGGAAAAUGGGGGGGCGGGCUUGAAAGCCGCAGAAGAGAGUGAGCAAUCUCUUACGCAAAAUUGUGGACUUCCUGCAACAUGCAGUUGAAUAAUAUUUGACUCGCACGUUCAUGAUGACAUUGUCACCAAUGCUUGAACACUUUCUGUGUUCAAAAAUGUUGCAGUGCCCCUGUAACCAUGAUAAGUUUGUUAAUCAUGAGCACCAGCAUCUGUGCCUAUGCAGAACAACUUGUAGGCAAUGUUUCAAAGUAGGAAACCAAAUUCCAAAAGCACAAAAGAAACAUUUCACUAAGUAAGCUGUGUCCUUUGCUGUGUUGACCAGCAUAUCGAGCUAUGCUGAAGUGAAGACUUUUUAUUGCCUAACAAGUCCUGUACGUCGAUGUAUUUCGUGUAUGUAUGACCAGUUGACUGUUGGCAUGACUGUUAGCAUGAAUUGAAAUGCACACAGAUCAGAAAACGCUGGAACAUGCCUCUGCAUUUCUAUGUUCAUUGCUGUGUGUGACACUAUGGCAUGAUUUAUUGCUGGAUAUUGUGAGUUUAGGGAACACGGAAUGUUUGAGGACUGGUUACGCUCUGGUGUGUGCCACAUUUUACUUCUGCAUAAUCACACAUAAUAUGUGUUCUGCUUCACUUUUCCUUGUUUGAUCUUGAACUUGUGGAAGAAAAGUACACCAAUAAGUCUAGGCGGUGGUAUUGAACUGUUGGACAAUGACACAUUAUUUUGUUAUGCAAUGUGUAACAUGCUAUGUGCAGUCUGAUCAUCAUGAAGACUGUGGUCACAUCAUCAUGUAUCAGGCAAUUUCCUACAGAAAGCUUCAUCGCACCUUUAAAAUUUUAUCGUGCUAGAUUUCUCAUCGUUCUUUAUUGUCGUGGCGUGUUCUACAGAGUGCUAUUUACAUGCCGACUUAGAUCUGUACACCCGGUGCUCUUUAUUUUCCUGCACUUUCUUAUGAAUAUCAUAAUAUUACGAUGCUAUUUUGAAUAUGCUAUUAUUUUAUAAAAACCAAGUGCCGAUUUCUUAUUGAAUGUGUUGAUAUCCACCUUAUUGGGUGUUAUUGAAAACCUUAUUGAAUGUGUUGAUAUAAUACAACUAUAAUAAUAUAACUCAAGACACAUUGUCAUUGUGUAUCUCGUCACUUUAUUUUGCAGCAGCAGUUUGUGAAAAACUAAAAUGCAACAUUCUUUGAUUAUUUAGGUAUAAAAAUAAACUAAAUGUUAAUGCUAUACAAAAACCUACUUCCUUUCAAUAUGCCUUUCAGGCCACACCAGCUGUGUGCUAAUUCAGAUCAUGCCACACUGCAUAAACUAUACAUAUAUAAAAACGUGCAUAAGUAAAUAAAAAAUGAAUUUGUCCAUAUCUUUAUUACAAACAUUGAAGCUGAACUUUGCUAACAUUUCUCAUGUGCUUUCCAAUCUUUGUUAAUAAAACAGCAGAGCAAUUGGGAUGCCUAGUAUUGCCUGUAAGGUUAAUGAUUGGAACAGAGAGUGAUUAUACUUGAAUCGCAGAAAGAAUGGCCAUGGGAUUCGUCACCACAUUCCUGCACAUUACAGAGUGUUUCAUCAGAAAGUGUGAAAUUACAUGGCGUGAAUUCAGCUCUAUCUGCUUUGCUUACAACAACAGUCAGUCUGCAAGAAGAAAGAAAAAUUUCCGCAGGUAUUUAUGCCAAACAGUGGCAGCUCACUUCAAAUUACAAUUUGCUGUUAGAACUUAAGUGUUUGUGCUGUCAAGCAGGAAGUUAGCAGUGAUGAGAGCUACCAGAACUGAGCCAAGGAGGAAGGCUUUUAAAGGAGUACUGAUACAUAUGUGUGAAGCUGUAGAAACUCUUAAGAGAUGCUUUUCACAUGUAAGGCGAUUGUACUUUGGGAUUGUGAAGGUUGGGAAGCACUCCAAGAUGUUUAAUUUGAUGUAAAGUUUGUCUCAAAAAUUCUGCAUCUGGCAUCAUCGACAUUAUCCUGACAUCGUGAUAGAGAGCUAAAUUUGCAGACGUGUAGCAAUAAGGUUAGGUAUGACAAUGAUGCCCGUAAAAAAAUUAAUGAAAAUGCUAUGCAUGUUUCUUCUUUCUCUGCUUAUCAGAGAAAUCAGAGAAACUGAGUGAGCCAGCAUUUCAUUAUAUCAUGAGGCAUCCGCAUCCUGGGAGCCACAAAGAAGACUGGUUUACAGAAAAAAACUAUUAUAUUAAAUUAGUCAAGGCCCUGUGACACUUACCUUUAGUUUUUCUAGGGUUUAGAGGGUUUGGACACACACCUGAGGAAAAAAAAUUACAAGUAAACAUAUAAUGCCAGUACUCUUCUAAACUAGUUUUCUUGUAAUAUAAAAUUUUAUUAUUGAACGUGAAUAUCUGAAAAGCACAGGCUUUGAAUAUUUUUCUGCUUCUGAAAGAUGAAAGCGAAGUGAAGAUAGGAAUACAAAAGGCGAAGCAUCACAUUUGCUGGUUGGCUUAUGAUUGGAAGUUGAAGCCUUUUAUUAUGAUAUGCAGGCUGCAUAUCUAUAUUUGGUGAUGCCAUACAUUGAGCCACAAUUGAACAUUCUAAGAAAUUGAACAUCAUAUUCUCAAAUCAAAUACUUCGAUUAGAACCAGAGUAUUGAAAUUUGGAAUAUAUAUACAUAUAUAUUUAAGGAAAAGAAAAAGGCUUUUGACGAUAGCCUAAAGGAAUACCGGUGCUACACAUCGUUUUUUUAAUUCAAUGUGCUAUAAAUCAUUUAAGGCUUAUACGUAUUUCUAAUACAAAGACCACUGUUGCAUUUUGCAAAAAUACAGUAGAGACCAAACCUGUGGUACUGCAAUCAUGGCUUAAGUAUAUUACAGAAUGUUUCCUUUCCCAACUACAUUCGAGUGUGUGCAAUUUUAUGAGGCAUCAACUUGAUUGCAUAAUUUUUUAGAUAAUUUCACACCAAUAGGACUUGUGUGUACAAUGAAACGUAACAUUUUUACAAUAUGUAUGCUUGUGUAAGAUUUCAACCAUGAAGUGUUCGCCUCUUGAAUGUGUCCUAUGGUUGCAUUAUGGGUUUACCAUGUACUUUGGCUUGUUAAAUGUGUCCUAUUGUUGCAUUUUGGGUUUGCUGUGUGCUUAGCAUCAAAGACACUGGGGCAAAUUGAUAUGGUGACAAUCUUUUGGUACGAAAAAACAAAGCACAGAGAAAGGGGCUCAUUAUGCAUGUGAAACUCUUAAACAAAAUGUUUGUAACCAAGGGCAUGACAAUGUGAUGAAAUAGGUGAACUUGUGUAUGCCUACAAACAAUGAUAAGACACUACAACAUGUGACCACAUGUCAUUGACUGUCAUCUUUUUGAAGUCUGUGGAAAAUGUUACAGGGCAUUUACAGAACAUGCAUUUAAAAGAAAUAUGCCAAAGAUAUUUAAACGCAGAGAUCGAGUUGACUUUUGUCGGUAUGGUUAACUCGCAAUAAUUCGAGCAAAAAAGAAUCCGAGGACACCUAAGCACUUCUUACGAGUUGUAAAUGCGAAAGCAUUAAUGUGAUCUUGAACGCCACUGAGUGGUCCUUCAAGUUUUGCACUGCAAAUAAUGUUUUCAAGUUUUGCUGCAGGGUAUGUUAUCAAGUUUUGCAAUUAAAUUAGUGUGAGUUAUUCUUUUUUAGUUUCUACAUUUGCACCUUACUACGUAGUUGAGUACAUUAGGCACAUCAAAUUCCAACUCGGGAGCAGUGUGCGUGCACACAUUCCGUUUGGCUGAAUGCGGCACCUGAUGAACUCGGCCCGCACAUGCAAGCCUCGAUGGAGCAAAGCGAGUGAAAUGGAAUACUUUCUGCUGCGGUAGUGCACCAGCUGUUGCACUACCAAACCAGCUGUUGCACUAUCACACCAGCAGGUGUUCCAUUUCGCCUAUUCUGGUCCGUCGAGGCACGCUCGUGACAUUGCAUCACAGCCAAUGGGAAUUUAUGUGCCAUUUCGCUAAUACAGAUGCCUGCUCUUCUGCUCAAUGGACCAUUUGAUGCUUUCGCAUCAAUAACGUAAUUUGUAAUACCACAUAAUUUUGAAGGAGCCAUUGUGAAAUUAACGUCCAAUGGAUGCAUGGCUAACCAGGCAAAAGUGUAGCAUUCCUAGCUGCCUGGACAAAACUAAUAACUUAAAAGUGUCCCUCCAAGGCUUCACACCAAGCCCUUCUCUACUUUAUGCUCUAGUAUGAGAUUCCUAAAAAGCACUGUUCAGAAGCAUCUUCAAAUGCUUUUGUUGAAUGCAACAAGAAUGUUCUUGAACAGUUGGCCUAUCAUCAACGCUAUCUUGAAAAGCAGUGUUUCAGGCUGCUGUUAUGGCCAGUGGUAUGUUGUAUGGAACUAUAACAGUCGUGAUGAAGAAAUGCAAACAGGCUCUUGUGGCAUUAAGGAACAAGGUUGCCCAAAGAAAAAGGUCAUGGACACUACUGAAGGAGACCCUCAAGUCCUGAAAUGUAGAAGAAAUUGGUAAAUGACGAGGCAAAUUGGUAAAUGACGAGGCAAAUUGGAAGAAGUUUGUUGAAGAGAGAAGCCCCAAAUUCAAACGGAAGCAGAAUUUCUUGAAAAUCUUACUGCAAGUUUCCUUGUAUCUUGUAACUGCUCCAAUUCAAGUGGGCUCUCUGGUUAUGCAAAAUCUUCAGCUCCCUUGAAUUUAACUACGAAUACAAAAGCAGUGGUGUGUCAGCAGCCAAACUUGGCUGAGAUAGGUGGGACCAUUUGACAAAAAAUUAUGUACGUAAAAUAGUCUAUAACACUGAACUAUUUUAGAGCAUGUAGUGACUGCUGAGUGACAAACCUUUUUUUGCAAAGUUUUUGCCAGAUUUGCAUGCAAACAAUUUUAUUUGUUGCUCCUGGGAACGACAAUGCUGCUGUGUGCACAUAUAUCCUUAUGUACUAAACCAUAAUUUUGUCUCUGAUACUUUCUGCCACUUCUGCAUACCUUGAAACUUCUGAGAAUUUGUAUCAAAAUUGGCAAGUUUGAAUUAAUGCGAGUUAACCAUAAAUCAAAGAGCCCCCCCCCCAUAUCUAGAUAAAUCUCUUAUACAUUACCAAUACCGACAACACCAGUGCCAACUGAAGUGCUGUGUAGAGCAAUUUGUACUACGUCUAAAAGCAUACUGUACAGUUCGCACCAAAGGAGCUCGGGCUAGUUGGUUGUACGGUACAGUACAACUUUUGAAGGGAACGCUAGCUAGUAGUGAAGCCAAUAUCACUCGCUUAUACUCUACAUGGCUGAUAGCACACAUUAGGCUGACAUUGUGUAAUUAACCUUUUGCGGUAGUGUGUCGGGGCCUCUCCCAACAUGCGAAAAUAUUGGUUCCAGUCAGAUGUCUGGAAGCACCCGACACGUGCACAUGCAUGUACUGGUUUCUUCAGUGUUUUUUGCAGCACAUUUCGUGAACCUCUUUUCAACUACUGAUAUUAGUACUUUGCAGUGUCUGUGUACAAGGGCAACACACUUGAAGGAAUUCACGCAUUCUGUAGAGCAGAGGCGACGUUUUCUUUACGUACGUUUUACGGAAAGAACUCGCAUGAGUUUAGUGAAUUUGAAGGUCAUUUCUGCAUCGAAAAGGAAUAUAUUCUGCCUUUAGAUUAUCAGCAAACAUCCUUGGAUAACAGCACUCAAGAAAAAAAUGUGAUGGUAAAGAACCCAGAGAGAAUAGUCUGUGUGGUGAUGCUGGCUGGAGGCCACACUGCAAAAGUCUCUGCAAUAAAAAUAAUUUUCUGAAAAAAAUCAUAUUUGUUUCCAUAGGUGCUCUUUCUGCACAGAGUCCAAAAUGCACGAAAUAGUUCCUGACCAAGACGACCACAAAGCACAUCAACGUUGAUAACUGCAAAAGGUCAAUAAAAGGACUCGUGUGGUAUUUCAUCUGUAAUUGGUAGCCAUAAAAGCUGGACUGUACUAUACAUCCUGAUAACUGAACUGUAGUACAAAAAAAAAAGAUAUGCCCUUUGCACAUGCAACAUUUUACCUCAAGAUGUAGAGCUUAGCAACCAAAUUUUGUACAUGUGCAGGAUACGGUUGAGCAAGGCUGGACCAUCAUCCUGAAGUGUAGUUGUAAUAAACUGCAGCCAUAAAUUGCGCAAUUUGAAUCUUCAGCAAAUCGUAGCAGGCACAGCUUACAGGGCAGCUCUGAAAGCUCAGAGAUCUGUAGAUGUCAAUAAAGUCAUGCAUUAAGAGCACUUCUGUAAGCAUACUCCUGGUUAGGCUUUAGUUCCUGAAUGCCAAGCAGUCAGCACAUCUUGUUGCAAGUGACUGUUUAUAUGUUGGCUUAUGGCAAAUGAAAUCAGUCUACUUUACGGCAGAACCUUUGUCAAAUGUUUUGCAGUUGGCCUUGUUAGAAGUAAUCGAAAAAAAAAAAAGUUAAUUGUUCUCGCAUAAUUUUUGGCCAAGAAUCUGCAUUAAAGUGAUUCAGAGCUUACCACAUAGUCACUAAAUAAUUUUCUUGUGUAUGCUUAUAACAAUGUAAUUCAAUUGUGUGAAAACAAAGGAAUGCCUAGUUUACAUUUCCAAAUGGAGUAUCAUUGUGUUGCAAUGUUCUACGACUUACACGCCAGAAAAAUUUAGCAUUUAUGUUAUGAUCUCUUCCGUAUUUAUGUUGGGAGUGAAACAUAUACUAUGUGAAUGAUGAAUAAAGAAAACCAUACAAAUA